UCCCAUUGGCUGAGCCCUGCUGGGUGUGGCGCGGCCGCGGGCGCUGAUUGGCGGCUGAGCGCGGCGCGGGCGCAGGCAAGAUGGCGGCGCCGGCUCGGAGGAGCGUGGUGUUUGUGACCGGCAAUGCCAAGAAGCUGGAGGAGGUCACUCAGAUCCUCGGGGACUCCUCUCCCUACACGCUGGUGGCAAAGAAAAUCGACUUGCCCGAGUACCAGGGGGAGCCGGACGAGAUCUCGGUGCAGAAAUGCCGUGAAGCCGCCCGGCAGGUUCAAGGACCUGUUAUAGUAGAGGACACCUGCUUGUGUUUCAAUGCCCUGGGGGGGCUUCCAGGACCAUACAUAAAAUGGUUCCUGGAAAAACUCAAACCAGAAGGCCUCUACAAGCUGCUGGCUGGGUUUGAAGACAAGUCUGCCUAUGCUCUCUGUACCUUUGCAUUCAGUUCUGGAAACCCAGAGGAGCCUGUGAAGCUUUUCAAAGGCCAGACUCAUGGGCUGAUAGUGGAGCCCAGAGGCCCUCGAGAUUUCGGUUGGGAUCCCUGUUUUCAGCCAGACGGCUACAACCAGACCUACGCCGAGCUGCCCAAGGCAGUGAAGAACUCCAUCUCGCAUCGGUACCGAGCGCUGAGCGAGCUCUCUGCCUUCUUUGCCCAGAGCAACAACCGGACCGAGUCCCGUUCGGGUCCCAGCUGACACCGCCGGGCUGCGGGCUCCCGGUGAUGUCCGUCUGUCGUUCCGCUCCACUGCGAGCUGACAUUAAACCCUCUCCGGUA